AUGAUACCUAGGCUUUCUCAACUUCUAGGCAGUGGCCGAAUAAGGCUAUCUUCUGAAGUGUCCACUAGCUGCAAGUUUACCCCUCGUUUAUCCUCCAACAUCAUUUCAAAACGAUUCAAUUCAUCACAAGAUCAAUUAACGGACUUGGAGGCCCAAGAUAUAAAAUAUAGAAAGCAAAGGGAGCUCUCAUUAAGACUAGUCAAGAUCAAAAGUUAUGGCGAUUAUUUCCCUCCUCAUACCCACCCAGGAUCAACUCAUUACAAGAAACCGGUGCAUGAUCAUUUACACAAGGGGCGUCCAGUUAAAGAAUUGACAGUACCUAAAAAGAAGAAUGCUGGUCGAAACAAUAAAGGACAAAUCACGAUAAGAGGUAGAGGAGGAGGCCAUAAACAAAGAGUAAGAUUACUUGAUUUUUACCGAUGGGAACUGGGUAAAAACAAGGUUGUUAGAAUAGAAUAUGAUCCAAAUAGGUCGGGUCAUAUUGCAUUGUUGGAGAAUGCAACAACGGGAAACUUGUCAUACAUCUUGGCACCACAGGGUUUACGUAGUGGAGAUGUGGUUGAAAGUUUCAGACAGGGUAUACCCGAAGAUUUCAUUGACGAAAUGAAGAGAACAAAUAAUGGUGAAAUUGAUGAUGCGUUAUUAUCAGCAAGAAUUUUACAAAGAGGCAAUUGUUUACCAUUGAGAAUGUUGCCGGUUGGAUCCAUCAUUCAUAAUAUUGCCUUGCACCCAGGUCAACGCGCUCAAUUAGUUAGAAGUGCUGGAACAUUUGGUAAAAUCUUGUCAAAACAUAAUGAUAAAUCAAAAGCAAUAAUCAAGUUAUCUAGUGGUGAACAUCGAUUUGCUCAUUUGGAUUGCCAUGCAACGUUGGGAGUUGUUUCUAAUAAGGAGCAUCAGUUGAUAUCGUGGGGUAAAGCUGGUCGUGCAAGACAUAGAGGUAAAAGACCAAUCACUAGAGGUGUUGCCAUGAAUGCAAAUGAUCAUCCUCAUGGUGGUGGUAGAGGUAAAUCAAAAUCAAAUAAAUUCAGUCAAUCGAAAUGGGGAUUGAAGAAGUUCCAAAAGACAAGACUUAGACCUAAUCCAGAUGUCAUUAGAAACAGAAAGGGGAGAAUGGUGAGACAUAAAAAGUAA